GGGUGGUCCCGAUGCCACGCCCCGCCCCGUUCUGCCCCCUCCGGAGGAGGCGGUGGCUCUGGCGGCACCGAGACAGGUGCAGCGCUGGGAGCGUGCAGCGCUGGGAGCACGCAGCGCCGCGGGAGCCCGGGCCAGGUGGUCGGUUUCUGGGUCUGCAUGGCUCAGUAAAGGAUGAAGCCCAACCCCCCAGGCUCCUCCCCAGAGGCCUGCAAAGCUGCAGGCCAGGGUGAGAAGAGCUGCCCUGUCUGCCAGGCCUGUGGAGAGGUCUCAGGUCCAAGGUCUGGUUUAGGGUCUGAGUCAGGGCCUGUACCAAAGCCUGGUGCCAUUCCAGGGCCUGGACUGGGGCCCAAAGCUAUUCCAGAACCUCAGGUGGGUUCUGGUGCUGGUCUGAGGCCUGAUACUGUUUCAGGAACUGGACCAGGUCUAGGGCCUGGGCCAGGCUCUGGGUCAGUACCUGGGCCAGGAGCUAGGUCAGUACCUGCACCAGGAGCUAGGUUAGCACCUGCGCCAGGAGCUAGGUCAGCACCUGGUCUAGGAGCUGAGUCUGUACCUGAGCCAGGAGCUGGAUUGGUACCUGGGCCCGGAUCUGGGUCUGCACCUGGUCUAGGAGCUGGGUCAGUACCUGUUAUAGGAGCUGGGUCUGUACCUGGGCCAGGAUCUGGGUCUGUACCUGGUCUAGGAGCUGUGUCAGCACCUGGUCUAGAACAUAGGUCUAUACCUGGGCCAGGAGCUAGGUCAGUACCUGGUCUAGGACCUGGGUCUGUACCUGGGCCAGGAGCUGGGUCAGUACCUGGUCUAGGACUUGGGUCUGUACCUGGGCCAGGAGCUGGGUCUGUACCUGGUCUAGGAUCUGGCUCGGCACCUGGGCCAGGAGCUGGGUCCACACCUGAGCCAGAGCUAGGAUCUGGGCUCACACAGGGGUCUGUGACUGGGCCCAAACUCAGGGAGUCAACAGCAACCCCAACACCAGCACCACAGCAGAAGACUCAAGCCAAACCCACAAAGGCUGCCAGGCAGAAGGUUCUGGUGACUGGAGGAGGAGGCUACCUGGGCUUCAGCCUGGGAUCCCACCUGGCCAAGAGCGGCACUUCUGUCAUUCUGCUCGACCGCCGCAGACCCCAGUGGGAACUGUCCCCGGAAACUGAGUUCAUCCAGGCUGACGUCCGAGAUGAAGCAGCCCUGUACCGUGCCUUCGAAGGGGUGGACUGUGUCUUCCACGUGGCUUCCUAUGGAAUGUCCGGGGCUGAGAAGCUGCAGAAAGAGCAGAUUGAGUCUAUAAAUGUCGGAGGCACCAAACUAGUGAUUGAUGUCUGUGUUCGCCGGCGGGUUCCAAGGCUCAUCUAUACCAGCACUGUCAACGUUGCAUUUGGCGGGAAGCCCAUACAGCAGGGCGAUGAGGACUCCGUACCGUAUUUCCCACUGGACGAGCACAUAGACCACUAUUCCCGAACCAAAGCCAUCGCCGACCAACUGACCCUCAUGGCCAAUGGGACGCCUCUCCCAGGAGGAGGCAUUCUUCGGACGUGUGUGCUCCGGCCCCCAGGGAUCUACGGCCCUGAAGAGCAGAGGCACCUGCCCCGCGUGGCGGGCCACAUCAAGAAGAGGCUGUUCAUGUUCCGAUUUGGGGACCGCAAGGCACAGAUGAACUGGGUCCAUGUGCACAAUGUGGUGCAGGCACACGUGCUGGCAGCCAAAGCCCUCACCGUGGGCAAGGGCUACGUGGCUAGUGGGCAGGCAUACUACAUCAACGAUGGGGAGAGCGUCAACCUCUUUGAGUGGAUGGCCCCGCUGUUUGAGAAGCUGGGGUACAGCCAGCCCCGGAUCCAGGUGCCUACUUCCUGGGUCUACCUGACAGCGGCAGUGAUGGAGCACCUGCAUCUGGCCCUGAGACCCAUCUGCAACCUCCCACUGCUGCUCACCCGGAGUGAGGUGUGCAGCGUGGCCGUGACGCACACCUUCCAGAUAGCCAAGGCCCGCGCCCAGCUCGGCUAUGCGCCAGACAAGUUCAGCUUAGCCGACGUCGUGGAGCGAUACGUGCAGUCCACUAGCCCGCGGCCCCGCAGCUCCACGGCGCAGACGCUCCUGCGGCUGCUGCUCGGACUGCUGCUGCUCCUAGGCUUGCUCGCCCUGGCCCUGCACUUCCUAGGCCUGCAGCCUCUACAAGCCGCCAUGAAGCGCCUCUAACCGUCCACCGUCCGCCGCCCGCCAGGGUCCCUGCUGCACCUUUACCCUCGCCCAGCUCCCUCGGCUGGUACCAGCCCCUGCCCCGUCUUCCGGGUUUCAGCGCGCCUCCGCUCCGCCUCUUGAAUCCUGGCCACGCCCCUGAGCCGCCCUCCAGACCCAGCCUCGCCGCCCGAGUCCUGGCGGUGUCGCUGACUACUCCCAGACCUUGCCUCGCACCCUUCCUGUGUUUUGGUCCCGCCUCUGUCCCGCCCCACCUUUCGAAGUGGGCACGCUCCCGCUGCGCCCCCUGAAUCCUAGCCACGCCCCUGGUCAGCCCGGAGGCCUAGCUCCAGCCCCUUUCCGUGUUUUGGCCCCGCCCUUCAAAUUGGGCACUUUGUGCCCCGCUCCCUGAUUUCCCUGAGCAGCUCUCCAGACCUAGCCCGUUUCACGGUUUGGGCACGCCUCUUCCCCGCCUCCUGACUUCCUGGCCUAUUCCUGAGCCGCUCUCCAGGCCUAACCCCGCCCCCGUGUUAUAGCCACGCCCCUUCCCCCCGCUUCAUGUUUUCGCCCGCCUUCUGAAUCAUAGUCACAACUUCCCCCCUCUCCCCGCCCGCUGAGUCUUGGCUACGCCCAUGACCCGCCCUCCAUGUCCUGGCCUUGCCUCCUUUUUCCUCCCUCCGGCCUGGCCCGGUUACUGACACAGGCCAAGGCUCACAGCCUGUUCCGUCUUCCGGCCUUUCUCCUAGUCCGUGCCCAGUCCUGGCUCUCCCCAGAUCUGGUAUUUGCUCCCUUUCUGGUCCUCCCCGCGCGCUUGAGCCCACCCUUUGGCUUCUCGUUUGGGUCUGGCCUUGCUCAUCCCUCUGAGUCCAGUCCCGCCCUUCUCGCGUUAAUUGGGUCCUGGCCCUGCCCCCUCCCUCUCUGGCUUCACCCCUUUCCAGCCCCGUCUCCUGGGUGGGUUCUCCUUGGAGCCUGUCUGCCGCAGUCGCUAUGGGCUAAUGCAGGCUAUGGUGGCGUCGUCAGGAGUUUGCGCCGUCGGCUCCUGCUCUGGGACAGUGAACCCUCCUCCCCGCCCAGGCUCUCUGGGCUUGUCCUGAGAUGGUCUCGGAAUCCCGAGUUAGACCCGCUCUGUCUGGUAACAUUGCAUUGGAUCCACCCCGACCCGAAUGUUCUUGGCUUCUCAUUCACACAGAUCUAUGUGUGACAGCCUGGGCUUGGGGAAAAACCGAGACUCAAGCUUCUGCCGAGCCCUACUUGGCCGUUUUGGGUUCCUGCCUGGAGAUAACAGCACAGUAAGCACAGGUUUCAGUACCAGAAAGAGCAUUAAAAAAAAAAAAAAAAACUUUAAAAAUAAUUGGAUGUCUC